AACAAGAUGAUUAGUCAAUAGUAUGGUUGGAAAUGAAAGAAUCUAGAUUAUAUUAAUUUACACAAAAUUGAAUAUUAUGAUUGUUUUGUAGUGCUACAUAACCUUGCUCUCACAUAUGAAGAAGGGGGGAAAUACAACGAGGCGAUAAAGACAUACGUAGAGUCGCUCGAGCUGGAAAGGCGAUGCGAUGAUGGGAAUCUAGUGGAAAUGUCUACGACUCUCAUCAAUCUUGGUUGUUGCUACAGAGAGAGCGGGAAACUUGGGAAAAGUUUGACUUUAAUGGAGGAGGCAGUCACAAUCAGCCGAUCAUGCUACUCAUCUUCUCAUCCCUCCUUGGCACUUGAUAUAUCUCACCUUUCCUGCACGUACGAUUUACUUGACAGAAAAGAUGAAGCUUGGAAAUUGGCAAGAGAAGCGCUGGAUAUUGCAAGCAUAUCAUUACCGUCGUCACAUUCUCAAUUGGCCGUGUAUAUGAACCGUUUGGGCAAUUGUUGUCGAUCACGAGGAAACUACAAUGAAGCCAUAUCGUGGCAUGAGAAAGCUAGACAAUUGCUGCAACAACAACAUCAAUCACCUCAACGAGACGAAUACGUUGCUAAAAAUUUAUAUUACUUGUCUCGUGUCCAUGACGAGAAAGGAUGUUAUGAAGAAGCUAUAAAGUUGUGUUUGGAAGCACUAAAAAUAGACCAAGAAUGUCAUUCUCCAAAUCCUCUUCAUAUUGCAAUUUAUACGAUGAGGUUAGGUUCGUAUGAAAUGAAGGCCUCAAGACUUGAAGCGUCUAUAACCCAUUUGCAAUCUUCCUUAUCAUUUUUGCAAGACACACUACCUACUAGUCAUCACACCGGAGAUUGUCAUUUUUACCUUGCUACGUCGUUUCUUGCUAUGAAAGAAGCGUCCCAAUCCAGUCUACAUGUAGAGAAAUGUCUUGAAAUACGAAAGACGGUUUUUCCAGUUGGUCACAGCAAAAUAGGGGAAGCCGAGUGUCUCAAAGAACAAAUUAAAGGGCUGAAUGAAAAUGCAAGUGACUGACAUGAUAGUCUUACUUUGCUGAUUAUGAUUAUGUGUUACGGUUUGCUUGUGCAUGUUCUUAUUAAAAUUGAUGGGGUUAGUUUCCAUGUCGUACGAAGUCUAUUGGCAUGGAUAGGAUUGCAUAGAGCUUGCACCUUGUCAAUAUCGUAGCCAACAGUUGGUACACUGUUGCAC